GGUGUGAGAGUGCCAUGGUGAUUUCUUGUCUUUAACCCUUCCUUGUCCCACAUGUUAGGAGGAGCCUGUCCUGGUAUAAGCCAUACAGUACAGCCUUUCAAAAGCGCUACAGCUUUUGAAGAAUUCAUCCAACACAUCUUACGGUUUUUGAGAGGUAAAUUUGAUGGUGCCCUUUUAAAGAGUUCCUGACUCUUAGUAGUCAGCAAAUAUACAGCUCCCAUUGGGUGUACUGUACUGCCCUUGCUUUCUCUUUCUUUCUGAAAUCCUGAAAUGCUCAAGAGUGUUUACUUGCUCAGUGCUUGUACAUCUCUUAGACAUAUAUAUUUUCACUAACGCCAUUUCCUGUUGAUUCAUCUAAGUAAUGCUCCAGCAACGGUAUGUGGGAUGGAAAAAUGAAUCAAUCUGGGCAGUCUCCUUAAUGGGUGAUUUGUUUUGUAAUUUGUACAAAGGAAUUUCUCCAAGGAAACUGUUUGCUUUCUUCCCAAACACUUUGUUGCCUAACUCUGAUCGGAACAAAACUCUGUCUUUAUAGCACAUCUCAAAAUUGUUUCAACUUGCAGUCCAGUCCCCACAUCCUCUUGUUUGUUCAGCGUUCCCUGGGAAGCUCCACCCUCACUUCCAGCUGAUAACUAGGUUAGCCCACAGCCUGAUUUCCCAGUUUCUCCUUUGCCCGCUCGGCAGCGCUUGUUUUUUCAUUGGCCACCAGCCUUACAAGCAGGGAUUGACUGCACGUGGUGGCAUUUGUGCUGGCAGUGGCAGUCCAGGACUUCUUGUGUCAAGCAGCCUCAUCUGCUUGCUGUGAAGCACAGCAUGAUUGUGGGGACAGUCCUCUUCCAGUCUAGCAGCUAUGGCAAAGAAGGCAAGCUGCUCUGCUGCCUUAGCAAGGAAGCCUCUGAGCCUGGCGUGAAUUUCACAGAGGCCCUGCACCGCCCUUAUGGUUGCGAUGUUGAACCCCAGGCACUGAAUGAAGCCAUCAGAUGGAGCUCCAAGGAGAACCUGCUUGGAGCCACUGAGAGCGAUCCCAAUCUCUUUGUUGCACUUUACGAUUUUGUAGCAAGUGGUGACAACACCCUCAGCAUCACCAAAGGUGAGAAGUUGCGAGUCCUGGGUUACAACCAGAAUGGUGAAUGGAGUGAGGUACGUUCGAAGAAUGGUCAGGGCUGGGUACCAAGCAACUACAUCACACCAGUGAACAGCCUGGAAAAGCAUUCAUGGUACCAUGGGCCGGUGUCACGCAGUGCAGCGGAGUAUCUCUUGAGCAGUCUCAUCAAUGGCAGCUUCCUGGUUCGUGAAAGCGAGAGCAGCCCAGGGCAGCUGUCCAUCUCGCUCAGGUACGAAGGACGUGUUUACCACUACAGGAUCAAUACCACCUCAGAUGGAAAGGUAUAUGUGACAGCAGAGAGCCGUUUCAGCACUCUAGCAGAGCUGGUGCACCAUCACUCAACAGUAGCAGAUGGACUGGUGACAACUUUGCAUUACCCAGCACCCAAGUGCAAUAAGCCCACUGUCUAUGGAGUAUCCCCCAUCCAUGACAAGUGGGAGAUGGAGCGAACUGAUAUCACCAUGAAGCACAAACUUGGGGGAGGGCAGUAUGGUGAGGUGUAUGUGGGUGUCUGGAAGAAAUACAAUCUCACAGUUGCUGUGAAAACAUUAAAGGAAGAUACCAUGGAAGUGGAAGAGUUCUUGAAAGAAGCUGCUGUGAUGAAGGAGAUCAAGCAUCCAAAUCUAGUGCAGUUGUUAGGUGUAUGUACCCUGGAGCCACCUUUUUACAUUGUGACAGAAUACAUGCCAUAUGGGAACCUGCUAGACUACUUACGGGAGUGCAACCGGGAGGAAGUGAGUGCUGUCGUGCUACUCUACAUGGCCACUCAGAUCUCUUCUGCUAUGGAGUACCUGGAGAAGAAGAAUUUCAUUCACAGGGAUCUGGCAGCACGGAACUGUUUAGUUGGAGAAAAUCACGUUGUGAAGGUGGCUGACUUUGGCUUAAGUCGACUUAUGACUGGAGAUACCUACACAGCUCACGCUGGAGCCAAGUUCCCAAUCAAAUGGACGGCUCCUGAGAGUCUGGCCUAUAACACCUUUUCAAUCAAAUCAGAUGUGUGGGCUUUUGGGGUGCUGUUAUGGGAGAUUGCUACCUAUGGGAUGUCACCAUACCCAGGCAUUGACCUCUCUCAGGUGUACGAUCUGCUGGAAAAGGGCUAUCGGAUGGAACAACCAGAGGGGUGCCCUCCAAAGGUCUACGAACUGAUGAGGGCAUGCUGGAAGUGGAACCCACCAGACAGACCUUCCUUUGCUGAGACCCACCAGGCUUUUGAAACCAUGUUCCACGACUCGAGCAUCUCAGAGGAGGUAGCAGAGGAGCUUGGAAGAACAGCCUCCUCCUCAUCCAUAGUUCCUUACUUGCCCCGGUUGCCCAUGCUUCCCUCCAAGACUAGAACACUGAGGAAACAGGCAGAGAACAAGGAGAACAUUGAGGGAACGCAGGAUACUGUGGAGCACUCAGCUUCCAGUUCAGCACCAGGUUUUAUCAGAAGCACACAGCCAACAAGUGGGUCUCCUGCACUGCCUCGCAAGCAGAGGGACAAGUCACCCAGCAGCCUAUUGGAGGAUGCCAAAGAAACCACUUUCACCAGGGACAGAAAAGGUGGCUUCUUCAGCUCCUUUAUGAAGAAGAGGAAUGCUCCCACACCUCCCAAACGCAGCAGUUCCUUCCGGGAGAUGGAGAAUCAGCCACAUAAGAAAUAUGAGCUGACGGGUAACUUUUCAUCUGUUGCUUCCUUGCAGCAUGUGGAUGGGUUCUCUUUUGCUCCCACACAGCAGGACGCAAGCCUAGCACCACCUAAGUGCUAUGGUGGGGGCUUUGUGCAGAGGACCUUCUACAACGAUGAUGGCACUGGUACCAGCAGUGGUGGGGGUGUAAGCACUGGUGGUGGGUGGUCGGGCAUCACUGGUUUCUUUACACCACGCUUGAUUAAAAAGACACUGGGUUUACGAGCAGGAAAACCCACUGGCAAUGAAGAACCUUCAAAACCUUUUCCAAGGUCAAACUCUACAUCUUCCAUGUCCUCAGGGCUUCCAGAGCAGGAUAGGAUGGCAAUGACCCUUCCCAGAAAUUCCCAGAGGUCAAAACUCCAGCUGGAACGGACAGUGUCCACCUCCUCUCAGCCUGAUGAGAGCACGGGGAGGGGCAAUGACCUGCUUCCCAAAAGGUUUGAAGAAGGCCCUGCUUUGACCAGAGAGAGACCAAAAGCAAAACUCUUGCCGAGGGGUGCCACAGCACUCCCUUUCCGAAACCCUUCUGCAUCGGAAGACAAGGAGGGUCCAGGGCUAGCCGCAGCUCCCAAGGGCAAGGAAAAAAACAGUGGCCCACGGCAAGGGGCCCUUGAGGAUGGCGAGAGACCAGGGUGGUCAUCUCCAGUAAAGGCUGCAGCAAUACUUCCAACCACUCAUAACCACAAAGUGCCAGUCCUAAUUUCACCCACUCUAAAACACACUCCAGCAGAUGUGCAGCUCAUUGGCACAGACUCUCAGGGUAAUAAAUUCAAGCUCUUAUCUGAGCAUCAGGUCACUUCUUCUGGCGACAGGGACCGUCCCAGACGGGUAAAACCAAAGUGUGCUCCACCUCCACCACCAGUGAUGAGGCUCCUACAACAGCCAGCUGCCUGCUCAGAUGCAGCAGAAGAGCUGAGCAACGUGGCGGGAGCGCAGCACGGACUGGAAUCAAGUGAAGGGAGUAAGAAGGCAGCAGCAGCAGCAGCACCUGUUGGUGGAAAAUCUGGGAGGCCUGUGGUGCCUCCGCCUCAAGUGCCUCUGUCAUCGUCUUCCACCUCCCCAGUGAAACUGGCCAAUGGCACGGCUGGCGCAAAAGUAGCGCUGAGAAAGACCAAACAGGCAGCUGAGAAAAUCUCCGCAGACAAAAUCAGCAAGGAAGCACUGCUGGAGUGCGCAGAUCUUCUCUCGAGUGCCAUCGCCGAGCCAACGCCAAACAGCCAGCUGGUGGACACAGGGCACCAGCUGCUGGAUUACUGCUCAGGCUACGUGGACUGCAUCCCGCAUACGCGCAACAAAUUUGCCUUCCGGGAAGCCGUGAGCAAACUGGAACUCAGCCUGCAGGAGCUGCAGGUUUCUUCAGCAGCUGCUAGCGUCCCUGGGGCAAACCCCGUCCUUAAUAACUUAUUGUCAUGUGUCCAAGAAAUCAGCGAUGUGGUGCAAAGGUAGCUACUGUCAAUCUGGGUAAGAGAAAUACACAUGGGGAGGGGGGGACUUUUUUUCUGUACUGAUGCUUUCAAAAGGAAAGACUGAUACUUGAGUAUGUGAAGUACCUCAGAUCACUGAGUUCUCCUCACGUUUACAGGUUCAUCUCAAAGAAUGGGGAUGGAGAGGGUAGAUUAAAGCUGUAAGGGGCAAAACAUCCUGUAUUUGUCCCUACCUAGUCAGGCUGAUCUGCUUGAUAUGGCAAGGGAAGGAAGCUCCUUGCUUCUCCCUUGGAGAGGCAGGAGUAUUGAUGGCAGGUUCUAGCUCUGGAAAGGAUGAAUUGAUGUGUGGUAGCUGGAGUACUGGAGUGGCUGCAGGCCACUUGGCUGUACAGAUCCUCCCCUGUCUGUGCCAAAGUAUGCUUUGGUCUCCUGACAUGGCAAAGUAAAGGAACUGGGGCUCUGUUGGUACCAAGUGCCGAGCAGUCUGAGCUGGAGUAGCCAUCAAGAGGGAGGUUACGUGCAGUUGGGAGAAAGGUCUAAUGCACUGACAGUAUUCAGAGCUGCUGGAGGUGGAUGCACUAGCCCAGAUGGCUUACUUCCACAGCACUGUUGCUGCUGUAAUGAGAACUGCAAAAUUAGUUAAUAUAUUAAACUAUCUCUUUUCCUUCCUGUCCACCUCAUCCACCACAUGUUCUCAUCUGCGUUGUAUCGGAAGCAUCAGGGAUACUGGGCAGACUUACCACUGGAAUACCCCCUUCCCCACCACACAGCCUUGUCUCAGUUGAUACUUCUUUCUAGUGGUCUCGCACCAGUGCUGCUUGAUGGUCAUUUGUGAGUAGUUUGGGGCUCUUGCACAACUUGCCAGUUAUUGGGGUGGGUGGUUUUUGUUUGGUUUGCUUUUUUUAAGCUCUAGGUUGUUUCUAUCUUGUUACCAGGUUUACUCCCCAAUUUAGUUUCAUCACCUUGAGGACCCAUAGUAGGUAAGGCAGAGCUUCUGCCACCCCUAGCUGUUCUCCACAUUCCUCUAGUGGUCACAGUGCUGCGGAGCCAGCUGGAGAGCCAGGAAGUACAGCCUGGCCUGCCCGUUACACACCCUCAGUGCUGUAGGGUUCUCUGGAUCUGUCCCUUAUCUUGGCCUAAUGCUUCAUACUGAGGGCUUCCUGAGAUUUGUUGUAGUGCUUCCUGGUCUUGCAGGCUUCCAGCUUCCUGGAAUGUGAAGGUGACUGUGUAUGGCAGUGCAGAGGAGAAUCACAGCCAUCUUUUUUAUUUCUUCCUGUAUUUUAAAGGCUAGAUCACAAUCUUAUGCUGUGGCAAAGGGAACACACACAUAAACUGCACACUCCCCAGCUUGAGAUGCGACAACAAAUGUUAUAGCUUUGCCUCGGAGCGCUCCCACUGGGUUAUGGUUUCUGAUGUCUGAUGCCUACUAGCAAUGAAUGCAGUUGUGUGGUUGAAGUUGUCUUCCUUGGUCCUAGUGCUAGUUGUAGACUGUUGUGGCAUCAAAAAGCUGGUCUUCUGCCUAUACGCACAACUCCCUGAAAUGUAAAUGUACUGGCAGGUAGGAAGACCUCAACUAAUUUGAUUUGUGAGAAAUGGAAAACAGGUCUGAUAGCUGGCUCCAAAUACACAUUACCCUGCAUGCUGCUGCUCACUUCACACUAUUGGUGAUGAUAGAGGAUCUCGCUUGCUUUGCACCUUAAAUCUUUUCUUUUUUGCUAAAAUGCUUUUUUAACUUGUUUUUAAAGUGUGACUGUGCUGCUUGUAGUUUGAGCAUUUAGAGUUGAGCUGGGGCACAGGUGUGAAUUUACAAGAUGGGCACUUCCAUUUCUGUCCAGAUUCAUUGCCCUGUUGGUGCUUGGAAGUAGGCUGGGUUGCCUUGCUGAGCAUCCCUGUUUUUUCCAUGGAGCAUAGCGAGACAGGGGCCGAACAAUCUUUAGAAACGAUGUCUGAGAAUCCUCAUUUUAUCACUGGUCUGUGGUAGAUGAAGUUGUGUCACAAUGCAUGAAUGCACCCCGGUGGAGCAGUAUGUGAGGCAGAAAGGACUACAUGAGCUUCACUGUUCAAGUAAGUGAAAUGGUGAAGAGAGAAGGGAAAAGCAACUCCUCCACCCCGGCUGACGUUAAGGCAUUAAGUGACUGAACAUCUCAGUUUUACUCCAGUGAGCUGGUACCUAAGUGGAGACAAAUCAACGUACAGCGUGGGUUACUCAUCCUGACAUAUACAGUCAGUACCAAGCCUACCCAACAAAACCUGCUGUCUAGUUCUACAGUGGGACCUUUAGUAGGUUGGGGAGGGGUACACCAGGGCUUUCACAGCAAUGCUCACCUGUAAGGCAGAGUACCAAACCGUUAUCAUGUAGACUUUACUGAGGGCUUUUGUGGUUUACCUUAUCUCUUUCAGUCAUCUUUACUGAAGGUGUGCACACCAAACUAAUUGUCUUUGGAAAGCUGACCUGCAAAGGGAAGGCAGCUUGUGAUACUGCUUCACAUGGCCUUUCAAACAAUCAAGAGGAUUUAACAGGUAUGGGAGCUUUCUUUGGGGCAGAAGGGCAAGUCUUGUUUGCCCUGGCAGACAAUCGCAUGGUUUCAUCAUUGUACUACUACUCAGCCUAGGACGAACAGACUGAAACUGAAGUGAUUCUCAGGGGAAAGGUAUUUUAACCAGAACAUUUUAAGGCUGUUAGUCCAGUUCUGAUUAGUAUUUUGAACGGAGCUUUUUGGUUUUUUUUCCCUGAAUGACAGUCUUCCCCCAGCACAAAUGACAGAAUAGGAAACAAUUCCUGGAAUGUCUAGCUUCUACAACAACCCUCUGUCAGCCCUUUCUGAAGAAACUAACCGUGCCCCAAGGAAGGACUGUUCCCCUCCACUGAUCAUCCCCACUUCCUUUCAGAUGCCACCUGGUUUAUUCUCCCCACAGCAGAGAUGAUGGGCAGUGGCACUGGGCAGUAGGCAGUAACACAGCUGAAGCAGCCUCUGCUUUUACAGUCACAGAGCAGCUGAGGUGGUAAGGGACCCCUGCCCAAGUGCCUGCUCCAGAAGGAGCCACCUGCCGAGGACCACAUCCUGGGCAGGUGGCUCCUGAGUAUCUCCAAGGAUGGAAACUCCACAACCUCUGUGUGUGACAGAGCCCAUUCAGUUCUGAUCCCUCCUGUGGUGGAAAAAAACUCUCUGUUCUUACCCCUUGUCUUACAUCAGGUGGGUAGAUAGUGGCAGAGGUAGUGCUGACUUGACACUAGAGUUAUUUCCCCUGAAUAGGAGGCUGUAGAAUUGCUGCUGAUUCUGCUGCCUAACUGUUUUAUUCCCAAACUGGAAUUUACCCCCUGCCCUCUGGCAGGAUAGCAGCAGGAUGGUAUCUGGAAAGGGUUCUGCUGUAAAUUAUCGUUCAGUUUUAGUUCCACAGCCACUCACCUAAAAUUGUUAAAAGUUCCAUCUCCUUUUUGCUAGGUUUGGCUUUUGGCCUUAAAGGUCUCUACAGUGGCAGCUUCUUUGCUGGUUUCAGCCUUGUACAGUACGUUCAAAGUAACGUAGGGAUGGUGAAGCCCUGGUAUUUGUGUCAGUGUAGAGCACUUCUUGCUCUACUUGUCAGGGUAGGGGACAAGGCAUAAACUCCUGUUGUUUCCUUUCCUCACCACUGUCAGAAGGCCUUGUGGGGUAAGGAUGUUAUUGCAGCUGGGCUCUCUCACUUGCACUAGAACAGGCUAGAGUUUAAAGUAGUCUUCUCUGCAACAGGGGAUGGCAGCACGUAGGGCCUGGUAAGCGCCAAGCACAAAGCAUGCACUCACAUGAGUGAGUUGACGUGGGGCACUUUCUCUUUGUAGCUACUGUGGGGAAUUGGCCAGCUCACAGGUGCAAUUCUCCUUUCUUCCUGCACUGUACACCCUUUUUAACCCCAGAAGCGGUGCACUUGGCUGUCUGACUGACAGCAACACUUCAGUAUAAUCAUUGUCUUUAGUGUGGACAGAGGUGAAGCUGAAUUAAGAGUCUGGGUCUUGGGACUGCAUCAAAUUUAGCCACUGGGAAAACAGAAUAGAAUGGAGCAUUGCUGCUGAUGCAGAACACAAUGGGAGAGAGGAAGGCUUCCUGUUCCUGUCCUUCUCAUACAGGACAUCUCUCCUGAGCACCACUGGCCUUGUAUCAGUGAGACAGUCGCACACGUGUGUUGACAUCACAUCAGGUGUGCUUAUGCAAGAGUUUUAUGGCACACUGCUCUUUGUGGGCAGUGGGAACUCAACCCCACAGCAUGGGACAGCAGCUGCGCCAGAAUUGCUGCAGUAACAAAGCAGCCCUCCUUUAAAGGCAGUGGGCACAAAAGCAGGCAGGAUGGGCUCCGCUGUGCAGUCAUAGCGUAGGAAAAUCCAGACCUUGAAGCCUGUUCCAUUUAUCUAAGACUUUCCCAGCAGCUGAGGCACUCUGCAUAGUGCUUGUGGGUGCUCUUGGGCACCAGCAGCUGUGAUAAGCACUAAUGAAUCCAGAAGACUGUUUCUGCAAACAGAACAGGCUGCUUUGUUCUCUUGUAAAACACUGAGCCCUACUCCUAAUCAGUGGCUGGCAGGAGAACCCAAGGGUCUUGACUACAGCAUGCUUGGAAGCCUCCUGCUUCAGCACGAGUAGGCACCAUCUGGCUCAGGUGGACACUGGGGUUGUGCUCUGCUUGCCUGUAGCGUAGAACAAACCUUCAGCCUUGUUCCCUGGUGGUGGAAAGUAAGAGGUUACGGGACACCUGACUUACUGACAAUAUCUACACAUGAUAAGAAGUGUCUGUACCAAAGGAGGUCAUUCUUCAACUGUGUCUGUUGUGCAUGGGAAGUAGAGCCCAGCGGGCUCCGCACGCUCUUUGCAUCAGUAGUGAACUCAUUGAGGGCAGGAAUGGGUUAAAAUGAAACACAUUAAUCACCGAUCACUCUACCAGUGUUGUCAACUGUUUUUUGUUUUUAUUGUUAUUGUAAUAUGUUUUGGUUGUUUUUCUAAUUUAAUUCUCUCACUAUCGUCUGACUGUGAACUGCGAACAGUGUUAAACUUGAUGUAAAUAAGGCCCUUUGAAGGGCCUCUUUGCCUGUCGUUCCACAAAGUUUUGCCAAUUUGCAUUUUGUUUUAAAUAAAGGUUGCAAUAUUUUA